AUGCCUCAUGGAGACCAUUGGAUGUCAGAAAUGAAAGACGAUCUCGAGAAGACGAUAAAGGCCGCGACGCCCAAUCUGAAGAAAGCCAAAAACGUGAUCAUCUUCGUGGGAGAUGGAAUGGGGAUUCCCGUCACUGUCGCUUCUAGGAUCUACAAGGGACAGCUGCAGGGUUUCCCUGGCGAGGAAACCAGUCUCAGAUUCGAGACCUUCCCUUCCACUGGACUCAUCAAGAGCUAUUGCGUAGAUCGCCAGGUGGCGGAUUCAGCUUGCACAGCGACGGCCAUCUUCUCGGGGAUCAAAAGCCGAUAUGCCACGAUGGGCGUCGACAUCAACUCCAACUACAAUGAUUGUCAAUCCGUCCUGAACAACGCGAUCAAUCAUCCCGACUCCAUUGUCGUCUGGGCCAAGGAACAGGGAAAGAAGACAGGUCUGGUGACGACAGCGAGGGUGACGCACGCAACGCCGGGAGCCCUGUAUGCCCAUACGCCCAACAGGGACUGGGAAUGCGAGGAGUUCAUGCCCUCGGACGCCCGAGGGAAGUGUCCCGAUAUCGCCCGGCAGCUCGUCGAAAACGAACCGGGGAAAUAUAUGAAUGUAAUUUUGGGAGGGGGUCGGCAAAACUUUGAACCUGACGGGUGUAGACGGAACGGCAGCGUAGACCUGACCCAAGUUUGGAUUGAUCACAAGAAAAGCCUCAAUCUCACUUGGGCUUACGUCAAGACAAGGGAAGAGUUGUUGGCCCAUGGGAACGAGGAAAAAGAUCAUGUCCUUGGUCUUUUUUCUGGCAGUCACAUGUCCUAUGAAUUGGAUAGAAAGAAUACAGAAGAGCCGAGCAUUCAAGAAAUGACCCGUUUUGCCAUCCGAAAUCUCAAGAACGAUCAAGGCUUUUUCCUCAUGGUUGAAGGAGGGAAGAUCGACCACGCCCUCCACGAGGUAAAUGCCAAGAGGGCAUUGGUGGACUUGCUGGCUAUGGAAGACGCCCUGGAAACAGCCAUUAAGGAAAUGGAAUCCGAACUGGACGAGACCCUGAUCAUCGUGACGGCAGAUCAUUCUCACGUGAUGACCAUCAAUGGCUAUCCGAAAAGAGGAAACCCCAUUUUGGGAAUCGCUGAGAUUUCCGAGUCGACGGGCCUACCGUACACGACGCUGAUGUUCACGAAUGGUGGCUUCUGGAAGUACAAGGUGGAUCCGAAUAACAGCAGCCAGGUGGUCUGGGAAAAUGUGACGGAGGAGGAAGCGAUGGGAGACGACUACCGUCAGUUGCAAGCCGUGCAUCUUAAAGGAAGCUUCUCGGAGACCCACGGCGGAGAGGACAUCGCUGUUUAUGCAAAAGGGCCGUGGUCGCACCUGCUGGUGGGAGUCCACGAGCAGAGUUACAUCGCACACGUCAUGGCCCAUGCCGCCUGCAUGGGACCCUACAAGACCCGGGAUGGCUGUGUUGGCGCUACAACCACCGACGAGGCUGGACCUCCGAUUCGAAUCCCCCACUUCCUCGUGCUUCUGCCACUCUUCACGCUGUUUCUAUAAUCGGGGCUCCUAACCUCG